GGCCCAUAUCUUGUCUUUAGAUGCAACAAAAAGAUCGAAAGAGUUCUGUUCUGUUGUGGGGUUCCUGAGUUUUGUGUUCGUUCGGAGAAAUCAGAUUGUGAGGAAAAAAGGAAAGAAAAGAGGUUUUGGGAGAUUGGAAGAAUGGGGACAAGAGAAGUAUAUGAGGAAAAGCUAAGGAAUGGAAAUCUGCACCACGAUCCAACCAUCAACCCUGGCUUAGGUUCCGCUCGUUGUCCUCGUUGCCUCUCUCUCUUAAACCCUGAUUCCGACAAAGCUGAAUGGACAAUUACUUCAGUUUUGGAGGAUGCCACUGCAGUGGCUGGCUCUGGUAUCGGGGGAAUGCUUAGUGCAGUACAUGGCUUUAAUACUGGGAUCCCUUUCCUUCAGAAUCACAUCAAGGGACCUAAGUGGCUCCCUUUUGUAACUGGGAUUCCUCUGCUGUUAAUGUUUUCUGGCGCCAGUGCAGCUUUUGGAGGUUAUGCACUUCCAAAGUUUGCUCAGCUCAGUGUCACUUCCUAUUAUGCUGCCUCUAGUGCCUCGCAUUAUGGAAUUUCACUCCUCACGCGACACAUUGAAGAUGCAUAUGCUACUCAACAAGAAAGGCUAAGAUGAAUCCUUAAUCAUGCAUUUACUCAAGAUUCUACUUUCAUCAGUUCUGAAAUAGCAAUAUGAUGCCUAUGUGUAUAGAACUUUUGGAUGAAUCUGCUUUUUCCUUUUUAAUUAAUUUCUUUCUGAUUUUUACAUUUGUGUUCUUCUAAAAUUAAUAUAUAAUAUAGUAAUAUUCAUACAUUGAUGUAUUUCUGAGGAAUUUACUAGAAGUUUUUGCUAA